CUCAUUUCAAAGCAAUUCCAAUCCAAUCUAAACCAAUCCAACAUGGCCCAAAAACUCAACCAAAUCGUAGCUUCCCUACUCCUCAUCUCCACCCUCCUCUCCGCCGCAACCCAAGCCAUCGCCCGCCACGACGACGAUGAAGAUUACGUAAAUGCCCUCAACCCAAACCGGCUCAACCGCCGGCUCAAAAAACAGAAGCUGACCCACUUCCACUUCUACUGGCACGACAUCUACAGCGGCUCGAACCCGAGCGCGAUGCAGGUCGUGGCCUCCCCGGCCAACACCUCCACCACCGGGUUCGGGUUCGUGAGCAUGAUCGACAACCCGAUGACCGUGGGGCCCGACAUCGGGUCCAAGCUGAUCGGGCGGUCCCAGGGCUUCUACGGCUCGGCCGACCAGCGCGAGCUGGCCGUGCUGGUGACCAUGAACUUGGUCUUUUUGGAAGGGAGGUACAACGGGAGCACGGUGGCGCUGAUGGGGAGGAACCGGAUCGCCGCGGGGAUCCGGGAGACGGCGGUGGUCGGCGGGACCGGGGUUUUCCGGUUUGCGACCGGGUAUGCCACGGCUAGGACUGAGAGGUUUAAUCAGACUAGCGGGGACGCGGUGGCCGAGUACAACCUUUAUGUCUUGCAUUAUUGAUUAAAAUAAUAAUUAUUAUUAUUAUCUUUGUGAUGAAUUUUUACCACCGGCGUUUCUUUUUAGCCGGUGGUUGAUUUUAAGAGUAUUAGUUCAUGUUGAUCGGGGUGCUGUCGUGCAUUGAGGUUACGGUCAACAAGAUGUACGGUCUUUGGCCUUUUUGAAUAUUUUUUAUAUUAUAAAAUAAAGACAACUAUAUGAUUUGUCAUACAAAAUGAUAAUUGAUUCGAUACUGCAAUUUCCAAUCACAACUAGUCAACUACCAUAUGGGUUGAGAUAAAGUGACUAAGUAUAUCUAAACUAUUCAUUUAAAAUUUGAUCUAAUUAAUUUCAUUUAAUGAAUGAUAAGGUGGUAA